CUAAGAUGGCCCCUAGACAGUCAAAAACAGCCAAAAGGAGUAAGACUCAGAACAAGACCCGUGCCAACGAGUCGGAAGUCUUCUCAGAUGCCUCUGCCAGAAACCUUAUGGCUAACCAGCCUAAGCUCACAGAAAAAUCCAAAGUCAAGAAGUUAAGUAAAAGAGUAGUUAAGAAACAACAAGCAAAGAUAAGAUUAUAUGGUGCCAAAAAUGGGAAAGAAUACCGUGAAGACCAGCUAGACAUACCCACACUUAACAAGGCUAUCAUACCAGGUGUUCGUGCCAAAAAAGGAAAAAAGGGCAAGAAAUUUGUUGAUGACAAUGAUACUUUGACCUUGUCCAGAUUGGUCAAGUCUAUCAACGAUAAAUAUGACGUGGUAAACGAAAGUAAGUUGGAAAAGUCGAGAAGAUUGGAAGAAUUGCGAGAAUUAAAGAAGAAGGAAAUAGAAAGAAAGGAACAACAGAAAAUGGACAAGUUGGAAGGAAAGAAGUCUGAAUUGAAGAAUAGGGCUUCUGUAGCAAGAUCCAACAGAAGAAAGAACGCCAAAGCAGCCAAGAAGAUCGAAGAUGAAGAAACUGACCAACCAAGGAAGAAAACAAAGAGCGUUUCCUUCGCCUGAUCACAGAGUUUUCGAACAAACAAAACAUUUGCAUAAUAAGCAUGGCUCAUACAUUUGAUUCUAAUCUAUAUUUGGGGCUACAUUCGACUGAGAGCCCACAACCUCACUUCUGCAUAACUUUCAACCGUAUAUAUAGACGUUACUAGAAAAGCAUUUAUAAAUGUUUGUAAUAUAACUUAUCCAAC